AGCCAAACGACCAACAAUAAGCUCAGAUUGACCAAAGUGUUCAGCUAUCAAUCAAGAUCGCCUCACUUCCCGUUGUCUUUCUUAUGUAUCAUCUUUUUCAGCCAAAUCUUCGAUUGAAAUACUUGUAUUUUGGCUAAAUUUCACCGCUUGCGAUCGUAAAUUUUACAUUUAACUGUCAAAAUCAUACUUUUCAUCCCAUUAAACUAUCGGUAACAAAUAAAUAUAUUUAGAGAAAACGAUUUGUGUGGCAGCGAAACACAAAGAAAGUCUCGCAUUUGGCAGUCAGCGGAAUAUGAUAAUAUCGUGGCGUACAGCAACGCACCAAACAUGAUUAGUCAUAUAAAAAGUGAUCUUCGAACUGAAAUUGUUUAGCUUAUAGCUCAUCGCUUUUGUUUUAAUAUACAUAAAAUGGCGAUAUAAGAGCGUAAGCAGUGCUUUAGUUGUUCGCAUAACGUGUUGGCAACUAAACGUGUGCUGAAGUCCCGAAAGCAAAUACGACACACAUCAUUAACCCUUAAGUAUUCAACACGCAAUGGCCAAGUCCAAGUCGUGUGUUUUCUUGGCGCUUUUAUGCGCCGCAGCGUUGCUAGGCAGCGUCACUGCUGAAGAACAGAUAUCUGCUGCUGAUGCCAUUAUUGAGGCAAGAAAUGACGAAGUCGCACCUGAAUUGCUGCAGCCGGAAGCUGACAAGGUCCUUAGUGUGCCUUUACCAGCAAAAUCCGAAUUGUCUGAAAAUCCCGCCAUUGUGCCUGUAGAGGUAGAAGAGAAGACAGAUGAAGAGCAAGGUAAGCCGGUGGGUGAGGGAGAAGUUGCUGAGGCUGAAAGUGCUGUCAUCGGCGCUGAGGAUAGUAAAACCGAAAAUCUUGAGCUCGCCAUGAAUGCCGAGAUAUUGCAGCAUCCCGAGAUGGUGCGUUAACCGAAAUACAAAACACCUGAUUUCUUUUAUUAAACAUUUUAACAUUCCUUAUUGCUCCACCUCAGGCACGCCUAGCUCGCCAUCUCAAAAGCUUCCACAACUAUCAGGUAUAUCGUGCACAGAAAGCAGCCGGAGUACAACGCGCUGCCAAUGGCGUUGAUGACGUGGAAGAAGAUGAUGGCAUAGUACCCGAGGAACGUGCCGUACGUCGUCGCCAGCGCGUACGUAAGCGCAAGACCAACAACAACGUACGUCGUAAACAUCACAGGAAGAAUGUUGCUAAUCGUCUGAACAGUACCAAACGUAAAAAUCAACGCGUCAACUCAGUACGCAGACGAAAUACGAAGAAAGGAUCAACAGGUCGUCGUCGCGUCAAUAAUGGUGGCAAUAAGCGUCGUAGUAGCAGCAACAAAAAACAGAGAAAGUCAAGCACUAGCAACAAGCGUCGCUCAUCGAAAAACGGUAUGCGUAAAAUGAAACAAAAAUCAUCACUGAAGAAACGCACCACGAAGAACUUCAAUAACGGCAGCCCGUAUUUCGAGGAAGAGCAGACUGUGUACCCCCUUCGCUCGCAGGUGAACAACGUUCCGCAGAUGAUCGUCAUUCUGGAUGGUGACAAGGCAGAAACUGCAAUCGUCGGCCAAGCUGCCUAAAGCUGCUAGAUUCGUUUCAAAUUGUAUAUUUUAAGUAUUAAAAGCAUGAUUAAUUUAUACUAUUUAUUUUCGAUUUAAUAAACUACUUUUAAGUAAAAUACGUAACUGCAUUACUG